AUGUGUGGAGGACACAAGAGAAAAUAACCCGCAUGCUUGUAGCGGACUACACGCUUCUUAGAAGUUUGGAGAGAACCGAAGACAAGAACAGAUUUGUUGUUUCUCUUGUUGAGCUCCUCCUGAUGCCAUUAUUUGUCCUAAUGAGGUACUGACAUACGUGAAAUAUUUGUUUACUUUAGUGAUUGAGAACGCGCGCUUUUAAUGUAAAUAUAGGAUGAAAUUUGGACACUACGGAUCACUGAAAAUUAUAUGAAGACCUCAUGUGAAUAGGAGGAUUUUUUUCAGAGAAGCUUCAUUCAGAGGACGUUUUUCGCCGGAUGACAAAUGAAACAUUCAUUGAUGCCCUCUUAAUCUAAGCAGUGUCCAUGGAGCUACAUAAUCAUCCAUAACUCACAAACGAUAUAGAAUUAUCCUCUCUUGGGACAUUUUACUGGACUUACCUUAUUCCAAAAGGGUGACUAAAAAUCUAGCAUGGGGGGUUCUUCAAUGAAAAUUGUGAUUUUUCUGUGGUGUCAACUGGUCAUGACUACAUACAGUCUAGAGAUUGGCUCUUAUGACCUGGAGAGAGGGCGACCGGCUAAAUGUGAGCCUAUCAUCAUCCCCAUGUGCCAGGGCAUUGGGUAUAACCUCACCCGGAUGCCCAACUUUAUGGACCACGACAAUCAGAGGGAAGCUGCUAUAAAACUCAAUGAAUUCGCACCUCUUGUGGAAUACGGUUGUGAUGUGCAUUUGAGAUUUUUCCUGUGCUCGCUUUAUGCCCCUAUGUGCACGGACCAAGUGUCCACAUCCAUCCCAGCUUGUCGUCCAAUGUGCGAACAGGCACGCCAGAAGUGCUCGCCCAUAAUGGAGAAGUUUAAUUAUGCCUGGCCCGAUUCUUUGGACUGCUCUAAACUGCCCACCAGGAAUGACCCCAACGCGCUUUGCAUGGAAGCCCCGGAAAAUGAUACCAAAACUGAGACUAAGAAAGGAGAGGGCAUGUUGCCUGUGCCACCCCGACCUAGGCAGCCUGGCACGGGGAACGGGCACUCGGGGGGCAGCAUGGGUGUUUGUGAGAAUCCAGAAAAGUUCCAGUAUGUGGAAAAGAGUGAGACGUGUGCUCCACGCUGCUCGUCCGCUGUGGACGUUUUUUGGUCCAGACAGGAUAAGGACUUUGCGUUCAUUUGGAUGGCGGUUUGGUCUACUUUGUGUUUUGGAUCCACAGCUUUCACCGUCCUCACCUUCCUCCUUGACCCACAUCGCUUUCAGUAUCCAGAGCGGCCCAUAAUUUUCCUUUCCAUGUGCUACAACGUUUACUCAGUAGCCUUCAUCAUUCGGUCUGUCGCUGGGGCAGAGAACAUUGCGUGUGACCGUGAAAAUGGGGAGUUGUACAUCAUUCAAGAGGGCCUGGAGAGUACAGGAUGUACCAUAGUCUUCCUCAUCCUCUACUAUUUUGGCAUGGCCAGCUCCAUCUGGUGGGUCAUCCUCACCCUCACAUGGUUCCUGGCAGCAGGUAAGAAGUGGGGUCAUGAGGCUAUCGAGUCACAUAGCAGUUACUUCCACAUGGCUGCAUGGGGCAUACCUGCACUGAAGACCAUAGUCAUCCUCACUAUGCGGAAAGUUGCAGGCGAUGAGCUCACCGGACUGUGCUAUGUGGGCAGUAUGGAUGUGGGGGCGCUAACGGGCUUUGUCCUUGUGCCGUUGUCCUGCUACCUCAUCAUAGGAACGUCUUUCAUCCUGACCGGCUUCGUGGCACUCUUCCAUAUAAGAAAGGUGAUGAAGACUGAAGGCACCAACACAGAAAAACUGGAGAAGCUGAUGGUGAAAAUCGGCAUCUACUCUAUCCUCUACACGGUCCCUGCCACUUGCGUCAUCAUAUGCUACUUCUAUGAGCGCCUCAACAUGGACUACUGGAAAUUUAGAGGUCUGCAGAGCAAGUGCACCACGUUUCCCGGCCGUAGGAACGAGGACUGCUCCCUGGAGUCUUCGGUGCCCAUGGUGGCCGUGUUCAUGCUGAAGAUCUUCAUGUCGCUGGUGGUGGGCAUCACCAGUGGAGUGUGGGUUUGGAGCUCCAAGACACUGCAGACUUGGCAAGGUCUGUGUAGCAGGAAGUUGACAGAUAGGACUUGCAGGAAGCACUGCAGCGGGAGUUGCAGCACCUGCCACUACAAAGCACCUGCCGUCAUACUGCACAUGUCCAAGACGGAUCCCUACUCAGACAGCCCCACGCAUGUAUGAGCGCAGGUCUGUGGCCUCAUCUGUCAUGUACUGUAUCAAGGCAGAAUCCAGGCCUCACUUGGCGUAUUGGACUGCAUGAAAGACAGUUUGCAUGCUGUGAAGCCAUAAGUAAAACAAACCUAAUGUAAUAUUGCGUGUUUAAUACAAGUAAAGCACAAUUGUGGCAUAAUAUUGUUUUCACACACACACAAAAAAUUUACUUGUUCCUUUUUUAUUUAAAACAAAAAAUCAAAAUUGCGGUUACUGUGAGGCACUUACAAUGGAAGUGAAUGGGGCCGGUCCAGAAAUGCUAAAAUACACAUAGUUUUAAAGGUAUAACCACAAGAUGUAAACAUUAUACAUAUUAACAUGAUUUUAGUGUGAUAAAAUCACUUACUAAUCUUAUCUGUGUAAAGUUACAUCCAAUAUUACAACUCUGUUGUCAUGAUAGUGAAACCCUGUAAUCCUGGUAUUGGAGAUAUAGUGUAACUUUACACAGAAAAGUUUAUUUAGCGAUUUUAUCACACAAAAAUCAUGUUAACAUGUAUAAUGUUUACAUCUUGUGGAUAUUCUUCUGAAAUGGUGUGUAGUUUUAGCGUUAAUUAACUGGCCCCGUUCACUUCCAUUGUAAGCUCCUCUCUGUAAUUGUGAUUUUUGUUUUCAUAAACGAGCGACGAGUCGAAAUUAUUUUGUGUGAUAAUUAAAAUUAUGCCACAAAUGCGGUUGAUUGAGCUUAAUUUUUAUUGAACACGGAAUAUUCCUUUUAAAACCCAACAUUAUCAGUACUUUAAGGAAGAAUUUUAUCAUCACUUGCUGUAGAAAAGCAAAAAAUGAGAAGUGUCCACAGAUAUGCAUAUCAAAAUCAGUUAUAAAUGAUCUGCAAAACCAAUCACAAUCACUAGUGCACACAGCGUCCCCCUUCUGAAAAGUACACGUUUCUUGCGAAAUUACAUGUUAAAUGUUUCAGGACUUCUAUUUAUUGUAUAUAUAUUUAAUUUUGUUUGGUUUCUCUCAAGAUGGCAUUGAUGAGUCUAUCAGUUUGUU